UUCCGCCCAUUUGGCCCUUACGAAGAUAGAAGAAUUGAACGGUAAAGAAUGAUGACAAAUCGGAGACCAACCGCCAACGCAGAGUGUGAGUGUGUGAGUUUGGAACAGAGUACUGACCAACAGCCAGUGAGCGCUGGGAUACGACCGCUCGACCGUUUUCCGCGUACUGGGAGUUUGGAACAUUGCUUUGAGGUGCUUCUCAAAUUUACAGCUUUAGUUGUAACUUGUAAGGCUAGGUGCUUCUCAAAUUAUCUCAAGUUCUGACUUAGCGACUGUUACUCUGUGCUGAUAACAGACUAAUCGUUACCAUAGCAGGCGGAGAAAAUGGCGUCAGCGUGUUUGCUACUUCCACUAGGUUGUAUAUUUGCCAAAACCAAUACCACCAAUGGUAAAAGAUCAUACGGAAUAAGUAUAGGUGCGGCAAUACAAUCAGUAAACAUUAUUGAGCGUCAAAAUGAGUGUGCUGUGAUGAACCGCAGAAGCUUAAUGAACAUAGGAGUUGGACUUCUAAGUUUCGAGAGUGGCUCUACAUUUGUUGGAGCUGCUGGAUUGCCCCCCGAAGAGAAACCAAAACUGUGUGAUCAAUCAUGUGAGAAAGAGCUUGAAAAUGUACCCAUGGUAACUACUGAGUCUGGGUUGCAAUACAAGGAUAUUAAAGUUGGCCGAGGACCUAGUCCUCCUAUUGGAUUUCAGGUAGCUGCAAAUUAUGUUGCAAUGGUUCCAUCUGGCCAAAUAUUUGACAGUUCACUGGAGAAGAGGCAAGUUUACAUUUUCCGGGUCGGCUCUGGUCAGGUCAUCAAGGGGCUAGACGAAGGGAUCCUCAGCAUGAAAGUCGGAGGAAAACGCCGCCUCUACAUCCCCGGACCACUGGCAUUUCCGAAGGGUCUGACAUCAGCUCCGGGAAGGCCACGUGUGCCUCCGAGCAGCCCAGUUAUCUUCGAUGUGAGUCUAGAGUACAUUCCCGGACUCGAGGACGAGGAGUAAGGUCAUUCGGCAUUUACUCAUCGCAUGGCGCUACUCCCCAUUCAUUUUUUUUUUUAAUAUCCAGAAGCAAUUUCAUGUAAACCUGAGGGAACGAACAUUGCAACCCCCAACUUUGUCUCACCACCGAACAGAAGUUGAAAAAAAGUCCCUAUAUCCCCAACUUGUUUUGAAAAAAAAGUAGAAAGCAUUCAUUUAGC